AUGACAACAUUUAAUUGUAAAAAUAUUAAACGAUCCUUAGAGUGUAUCAGGGAUUUAUGUCGUCACUCAGACAUCAUAGCUCUUCAGGAAACAUGGUUGCUACCGAGCGAAAUCUCAUAUCUUGGCAGUAUUGAGGCGGACUUCGGGUACACGGGAACAUCAGCGAUGGACACAUCAGAGGGAAUGCUGCGGGGAGGCCCUAUGGAGGGGUGGCCCUGCUGUGGAGGAGGAGUGUGUUCAAUAAUGUGA